GGGACGGAGGGAAAGAGGCCCGACGUCAUCGGCGGCCGGCCCGCGUCAGCCGACCUCUCAGUUACCGAGUGAUAAACGCGCUUAACCGACGCCUUGUCCGACAUGCUGCGCGCUUGACUUGCCGCCGAAAACCUUAAGCUGCCUAAUGCAUCUUAGCCUGCCAUCAACAAAUUACAAAUGUCAGCCGUCACCGCACAAGGAACGGCGCUUUUAUCACAUCUUAGAAAAUGACUGAAGGUCCCCCGUACCAACAUGAGAAGCCGGUGAGUCUCAACACAAUACGAGUAUAACGUCACGCGACCGACUCGCGUGCCUCGAGUGACGACCGUGGCUGUAAAAUCGCCGAGAAUGUGCUUGUUUGGAAACUCCGACGACGGCCCCGUUCUUUAGUGGAUGUGUAUUCGCAUAUGGCUGGAGGUGGGACACGCGUGCGAGCCGCGGCAGUCGGCGUCAGGACGAGCUCUGUCUCUGGACUGGCGCGUGUGGGUGCGCGGCGCACGCGGCGACAUCAGCGCCUUCGUCCACAAGGUCGUCUUCGACCUGCAUCCGCCCAGCGCUUUCGUCUAUCCUAAGAGAGUGCUCCAAGAGCCGCCGUAUGAAAUCAAAGAGUCGGGCUGCGCUUCAAUAGAUAUUCCAAUCCACGUGUACCUGAAAUUCUCCAGCAAGCCAAAGAAAAUCUGUCUCAGAUACAGUCUAUAUAUCGAGAAUAACAACAAGGCCAGCUCGGAGUCGCGGUGCGUAUACUACGACUUCGAAAACCCUUCAGAAACGCUGUUCGGCGCCCUAAUGAAGGGCGGCGGCGAGGUCAUCGCCCGGACCGGCAGCUUCAACAACUCGGGGAAACUCGUCGUCCUAUUCUCCGACGACGAUCGGCCCGACAACUUGAAAACGACGAAGUUGAAAAGAUUCAAAUACGUGAAGCCGAUCCGUUGUAAGCACGGCGCCAAGAGACUCACUAUACCGUGCACGCUGAGCGAGGUCUGUCCGAAAUGUGGAGAAUCUAUAAACGCCGAUUUUAGAAAGCAAUUACGCGCGGUGGCCAUGACCGAGGAUGAGAUAAACCGCGUGUCGCAGUUAUACCUAUCGUACAGCAGUUACGAGAAAUCAGCCGACGGGUUGAGACUGCCGCCACUCUCCGAUCCCAUAUACAGGGUGCCCGAAUUGCCACCGUCGCUGCGUGGCGCUCUCGCCAGCAUCGAGGCAGACUACGCCAUGCAAUGACGGCGAGCUCAGCUGAGCCUGCGCUUUCCAAGUUCCAUACAAACCUUGAUAUUACCUACGCUGUGCCAUUACACUCUUAUGCUCGUUUAUAACGUAAGCUGUUCUCUGUAUCGCACCAAUUUUAGUAAUGUCCUAGUGAAUUAACAUUUUAUUUUAUUAGAGAAUUAUUCAUAUACAAUACAACUUAUAUAGAUAAUAUUUACUCAGAGACGUUAUUAAGAAUCUUGUUAUUGUAUAUCAAUGUUUAUAUCGUAAUUUAUUUUUUAUGUAGGUAAGUCUUUUGACUUGGAGUAAAUGUGCUGUGAACAAGAUCUCAAGAGUCAAUUAUAUAGCUGUUAUUAUUAGUUGUAGAAACGAACUAGAUUCCUAAAAAUGGGAUUUUAGUUUUAAUAUAAUUAAAAUUUUCAAGGGUUCGGAAACCGGGGAACUACGAUACCACACUAUUGACACAGUAAUAAGUUUCGCCAAAACUCGAUUUAGUGACAUAACAAGCCAGCUUUUGCUGGCUUCGUAUGAACUAUUCUUUAAUACUUCAAAUGUUGCUGAUCCAGUAAGGUAGAUCCAAUUUUGAGACAAAGGUGACCCGCCGAAUCCAACACGGAUGGGCAG